UACGAAUUUAAACAAAUAUAAAACUGUUAUUCUACGAGGAAAGUUAACUAAUUUUUACAGAUAAGCAUCAUGCAAUCAUCUAGUAAUGCUCAGAAUACAGAGUUUUCAUCCGAACCAAUUAUCACGUCAUGCAAAACAGGCGAAGAUGAUCCAUCUUACAAAAUCCUGGAUGAUAAAGCAACGGGCAGUUUAUUACCUGUAUGGUGCGCAUUCUUACCUGGUUCUGGACACUGUUCUUCUUCUUCUUCAGUAAACACUGAGAAUGUUCUAACUUCAAAUUGUCAAAUGACUGUACACAUCCUUCGUUUAGGACCAGGUCAAGAUUUGAAGGAAUGCUUAAUUCAUCAUGUUUUGAAGUAUUAUCUAUCUGGAGCUUUCAUUAUCACAUGUUGUGGAAGUGUUAAAACUGCUCACUUACGCUUAGCCAAUCUUCAAGACAAAUUUUUUAAUGGUCCUUUUGAAAUUACUUCACUUGUGGGUACAUUAACUCAUGAUGGAUAUCCACAUCUUCAUGUUUCACUGGCAGACUCUCAUGGAAAUGUAUUUGGCGGACAUUUACUUGGAAGUAUAAAAGUUCAUACAACAGUAGAACUUGUACUUGGAGUAACUGGUAUUGAAAAAAACUCCUUAUUAUCAUCAUCGUCAUCACAUACUGAAGAGCAAACUAAUUCCUCUUCUUCUACAAAAGUAAGUAAUGAUCAUGAGUCUUCAGGAAUUAGACUGAUAAGAAAGUACAGUGAGGAAACUGGCUUUAAGGAAUUAGCUGCUGAAGAAACUCAACAAUGAUAUGUUAUAUUUUGAAUUAUGUUUCCAUUUUCACUUCAAAUACUACUCAUAUCAUUAUCAGUAGUAGAAUUAGUUCUUAUAAAAGUAACUGAAAUAAAUGAAUGCUGUGAAUGUGUACCGAUGCCAAGGCUAGGCUUCCGUUAAUCACUGUGUGUUUUACUUUCACUGGGGAAAAAUCUAUUCCAUCUUCUAGUCCCAAGUUUAUCAAUGUUUAUUCACUUAAAUGGGAUAAUUUAUAUUGAAGUGAUAACUAAAAAUGCACCUGUUCAAAUCAAAUAUAAUUCGCUUGAACAUUUUUCGCUUUUCACUUAACAAAAUAAUUUUUCAUGUGCUUUUUAUUGGUUUGCCUAUCGUAUGUGUUAAUGAUUGUGUUACCGGUG